AACAGCCCUAUCUUGUCUUACAGAAUUAGAAAUGAUUGCUCAGGGAAAUUAAGCCACCUACUUGAGGCCACUCAGCUGUUAGGGCGGAGCAGGUCUUCUCCCCUGGGUCCCAGCUCUCCUCUCUUCCCCUUGGGUUCCCAGGUUCCCCACCCUAACUAACAGAGGGGCCCAGGAAAGAUGCACACCUGUCCUGUCUCAGCAGGGCCAGGGGCUAUGUCUCUCAUCUCAUGGCUUCGGUGGAACGAGGCCCCAUCCCGACUGUCCUCCAGGAGCCCUGCUGAAAUGGUGCUGGAGACACUUAUGAUGGAGCUGACGGGCCAGAUGCGAGAGGCUGAGAGGCAGCAGCGGGAGCGCAGCACUGCAGUCAGGAAGGUCUGCACCGGUGUGGACUACAGCUGGCUGGCCAGCACACCCCGGCCCACCUAUGACCUCAGCCCCAGUGAGCGGCUGCAGCUGGAGGAUGUCUGCGUUAAGAUCCACCCAUCCUAUUGUGGGCCUGCCAUCCUCAGGUUCCGGCAGCUGUUGGCGGAGCAGGAGCCCGAGGUGCAGGAGGUGUCCCAGAUUUUCCGCUCGGUGCUGCAGGAGGUUCUGGAGAGGAUGAAGCAGGAAGAGGAGGCCCACAAGCUGACGCGCCAGUGGAGCCUGCGGCCCCGCGGCAGCCUGGCCACCUUCAAGACCCGCGCGCGCAUCUCCCCCUUCGCCAGCGACAUCAGGACCAUCUCCGAGGACGUGGAGCGGGACGCGCCGCCGCCACUGCGGUCCUGGAGCAUGCCCGAAUUCCGGGCGCCCAAAGCCAACUGACCGCGGCCGCUCCCCUGCCCAGAAGCGGAGCCGUCUGCAGGGGGAAUGAUAGGCCGGUGACUGGAGCGCCGGGCCCUGGAACCUCCUCACCUAGCCCUGAAGAGAAGACCCAAGAGGCGGCUGCAUCCCAAGACGCUGCUGUAAAAUGAAGCUCCAUCUUCUUCCUCUGGCCACAAAGCCGAGUUAGGUCGUAGAGCCGCACCGCCUUUGCCCUCUCCUGCGCGAGUCUGCGGGAGCAGCCCCUUCCCUAACUGGCGGAUUCAAGGUUUUGAAAGACAGACCAUUGCCCCAUCCUCAUCUCCUGCUUCUGUCUAAAAGGGGACAGUUGCCCUGCCUUUUUGCAAGACCUAGAUUCUCACCCCAAUUUCAGGGAUGUCCCAUUCACUCCCCUACCCCCAUCCCCAGUGCUAAGGGACCUGUUGGAUGGUAUCCAUUCUUGCUAGUGACUGGCUGAGCUCACCACUGCAGAUGGGUCACAGCCUUAUGGGCAGGCACAGCUGGAAGGGACCAGAGAGACAAUUAGAUCCACUCUUUUCAGCUAGUAAAUGUGGAACUUGAGGCUCAGACAGGGACACUUGUUUUGCCUUUAACUGCAGCCAGCUGCUCAUGAACAGUGAGAUUGUUCCUGCAAAAAUAAUGUCUGUUCUUGAGUUUGGAAUCCUGGGCUAUGAAGGGACAGAUCCAAAGGCUACAUCUCUACCUACCUGUGGCCUGAUCCAUCUCUUACCUUGGCACUGGGAUGAGAAUCUCAGCUGCUCUCCAAGAGGUGUAGCUAGGGGUGGAGGUAGGUUACUCAUUACCCCACGCCACAAUGUCAUCACAUGGUCUGUGGCCAGUCCCGAACAGCUUCUUUCAGAGGCUAAGCUCCAAGGUCUUCAGAUGCUCCUCUAAAGAGCCCAGGCUUGUCAAUUCCAGGGUGCCCCUUUCUGCAGCUGGUCACACCUGCUCUCUGGCUUUCUCCAGAAAGCGAUGCCCAAAUCCCUGACUGACCUUGAGGCAGCUGAGUGAAAUGUUCUAGAAGAGCUUCCUGCAGACUUCAUUGUCCUUCCAUUUUCUAACACGGUUAGGCCUUGAUGAUGGGUAUGUGGAUUACCCAAUGUGUGGAUCACCCAUGGAAAAUCUGGAAGGCCAGGCGGCCUUCCCACACACUCUGGGGUUGAAGUGGGGUGUGAGGGGGAUGGGUGGGGAAAGUGUCUACCCUCAACUACCAGUGCACAUGCGGAAAAUGCAAGUGGACCUUAAUAGUAGCCUCAAUAAAAUGCUAGGAGGAGAUAGAAUCAAUUGGGGGGGGGGGGGGAAUCUGUGUAUUCCCUCAGUGGAAACAAAGUUUUUUUGAAUGAUUUGGUUUUGAACUUCCCUUUUGGAGUUUUUUUUGAUUUUCACUUGAAUCUGGACGGAGAAUCAUAGGAUGGUGGAAAACCUCUGAUCUAACACUAUCAAGAAGAAACAGUUGAUUGGCUUAUUAAUUUAAUUGGUAGAUGUGAGAAUCACUUAAAAUAGGUAUCUUAAACAUCUUACAUAUUUUAUUUGAAGACAUAAAAAAGUUCACUCGAUUGCCAAAUUAUUUUUAUUUUUAUUUAUUUAUUUA